GUGCUUAUUCACCUCUUAUGCGUUUCUUGCUCAGCCGGCAUGCGGGGAUUUCUGUGGGAUUGUCCAUUGAGGACAGGGUGAUUAAUUAUCCUACCUACUUCCUUUAAUAGCUCCUUGGUCUUGGAUUGUUUUGUCGAGGUUGAUUCUUUUUCCUCUCCUUCCCCAUACUGUAUACUACUAUACUAUAUCAAUUGUCUACCCCAACUUAACCAACUCAAUUCAAUCAAUCAAUCAAUCCAAUCCAUUCACCUUGAAGAGAAGAAAGAAGAAAGACGAAAGAAAAUGGACCCCUCAACCCUCCCCCUCCCCCCAAUGAAAGACCUCACCGUCGACAACAUCACCGAGAACGCCAUCGCCAUGAACUCGCUCUGCGAGGACCCGCGCAUGAAAUACGUCCUCGAGCGCCUCGUCACCCACCUGCACGACUUUGCGCGCGAGACCCGCCUCAGCACGAACGAGUGGAUGCAGGGCUUGCUCUUCCUGACCGAGGUCGGGAAGAUCUGUAGUGAUGUGAGACAGGAAUUCAUCCUCCUCUCCGACAUCCUCGGCCUCUCCAUCCUCGUCGACUCCAUCGACCACCCGAAACCCCCGAACUCCGCAGCAACAGAAGGCACCGUCCUCGGGCCCUUCCACACCCACGACGCCUCAGAGCUCCCCGCCGGGUCGACCAUGUCCGCGGACCCGAACGGCCAGCCCCUCCUCGUCGUCUGCUCUGUCAAAGACACCGCGGGAAACCCCCUCCCCGGGAUCAAGGUCGAUGUAUGGGAGACCGACAGCUCGGGCCACUAUGAUGUGCAGUACGCGGGGCGCGAGGGGCCCGAUGGGCGGUGCAUCUUGCGGACAGACGAGCAGGGAACCCUGUGGUUCCGGGCGAUCACGCCGGUGCCGUAUCCCAUUCCGCAUGAUGGGCCGGUGGGGAGGCUGUUGAAGGCAUUGAGGAGGCAUCCGUAUCGGCCGAGUCAUAUGCAUUUUUUGAUGCAGGGGAGUGGGUUCGAGGAGUUGGUUACAGCAUUAUACCUCCGCAACGACCCCUACGAAACCACCGACGCGGUCUUCGGCGUGAAGGACUCGCUGGUCGUGGACAUCGAGCGCGCCGGGCCCGAGUAUGCGACGAAAUACAACGUCCCCGAGGACCAUGCGCUCUUGCGGUAUGAUUUCGUGCUCGUCUCGGAGGCGGAGACGACGGCGCUGAGGGAGCGGAAUUCGAAGAUCGCGUUGGAUAAGCUGGGCAUGAAGGUGAGGAUGGUGGGAGGGUUGCCGGUGCCGGAUUUGGAUUGAUUUAUUUAUCUUUUUCGUUUUCUGUAUAGGGUUUUAAUUUUUGGGUGUAGGUGGCCCGAUGGUUGAGCUGUAUUGU